AUGAAGCUUUCUUUGAUGAUUUUCGUUUUUGUACCUGUCAUCGUAGCUUCAGGGUCUUGUUCGGAGUACUGGUACAUGAAAUUGGAUGAUUAUGUUCGAACGGAUUGGCGAUCUGCUCGCAAAAUCUGCGAACUAAUGGGCGGAACUCUUCCGUUUUUUACAAACACGGAAGAUUACGAUCAGUUUAUGCCAUCGUUACAACACGAUGUCUGGCUUGGAGUCCGCGUAAAAGGACGAUUUCCGAAUCGAAGAUUUCCACGCAUAAAUUCGAAAAAUUUCUCGCGAAAACACCCCUACAGUUGCAUUUCUUUGAAUAAGACUGGCUGGAUAGAACGCAGAUGCAAACAUAAAUUGCGAGUUGCUUGCCGAUUUGCAGAAAUCUACCCCUGCUAA